AAUAUAAGAGAGGAAGAGAACGGCAGGCGCAGCCUAACCGGACAGAUGUCGAUGGCGGUGCCGGAGAAGCGGGACUUCUACGAGGUGCUGGGCGUCCACCGCGAAUGCACGGCGGACGAGAUCCGGUCCGCCUACAAGAAGCUCGCCCUCCAGCGCCACCCGGACAAGCUCGUCCAGUCCGGGAUUUCCCAGGAGGAUGCCACCGCCCAGUUCCAGGAGCUCGUCCACGCCUACGAGGUCCUCUCCGACCCCAAGGAGCGCGCCUGGUACGACUCCCACCGCUCCCAGAUCCUCUUCGCCGACGCCAAGAGCUCUGUUUCCGGCUCUCCUAUCAUCGACCUCUCUUCCUACUUCUCCAACACCACCUUCUCCGGCUACUGCGACACCGGCAAGGGCUUCUAUAAGGUCUACUCUGACCUCUUCGGCAAGGUAUACGCCGCCGAGCUCAAUUACGCCAGGAAGAUGGGGGUGGGGAUCAACUCGGUCCGGGAAGCGCCGAUGAUGGGCAAUCUCGACAGUCCGUAUGCUCAGGUGACGGCGUUCUAUAAUUACUGGCUAGGGUUUUGUACGGUGAUGGACUUUGGGUGGGUGGACAUGUAUGACUCCGCAGCGGGUGAGAGCAGGAGGUUGAGGCGGUUGAUGGAGGAGGAGAACAAGAAGCUGAGGAAGAAGGCCAGGAGAGAGUACAAUGAGAUGGUGAGGGGGUUGGCGGAGUUCGUGAAGAAGCGAGACAAAAGGGUCAUCGACAUGGCGGUGAAGCGGAAUAUGGAGAACGAGAAGAAGAAGGAAGAGAGGAAGAAGAAGAUGGAGCAGGAGAAGCUCGAGCGGGCGAGAGCUGCAGCUCACAAGGAGCCCGAAUGGGCGACAGUUGAGGAGGAGGAGGAGGAGGAGGAGGAGGAGGAAUUGGAAUACGAGGACGAGGUUUUCGGGGAUGGAGACAAUGAGGCUAAGAAAGAGGAGCUUUACUGUGUGGCGUGUGGGAAGAAGUUUAAGAGCAAGAAGCAGUGGGAGAAUCAUGAGAAGUCGAAGAAGCAUAAGGAGAAGGUUGCAGCAUUGAGGGAGAGCUUCAUUGAGGAGGAUGAGGCACUUGAUGAAGAGAUAGAUGAGAGCGUAAGAGUGGAGGAUGGGGAGAUCGGCAAUGGAGUGGAGUCUCUUGAGGAAGAUGAGGUCGAAGAGAUAAUGAGGAGGGUGAGGGACGAACUGGAUAUUGAGAGUGAGAGUGGAUCGGGUGAGGAAGAGAAGUUUAAAGAGGAUGUCGGUGGUCAUGGAGAGGAUCAUGGUGCAGAUGAAGUUAGUGCAAAAGAAAAGGGUAAGGAAGAUGUUGGGCCUUCUGGUGGUGACGGGGAGAAGGAUGAUGGUGAUGAAAUUAGCAUUCUCGAGGCGAUGCUGUCUGGACGUAAGAAUAGAAGGAAAGCGGCAGCUUCGAUGCAGGAUGAGCUUAAGAGUGGUGGGGGAGAUUCGGAGUUUAUGGAGUAUGAUAAUCGGAAAAGCACCAGAAGAAACCGCGGGGGCAAGAAGGAGAGGGGCAAGAAGAACAAUGGAGAGGCUGUGGGUGGCAAUAGAGAUGAAGAUGGAAGGAAUGGAUUUGUCAACUCGAACAAGGAGGCUUCUGUUGCGAAGACUGAAGUGAGAAGUGCGGACGAUGAUGAAUUUGUUGAAAAGCAUAAGAAAGAAAAAGGGAAUGCGAAGAAAGAUACAAAUAUGAGGUCGAAGAACUUACCAAAAGGGAAGAAAGGCAAGUCAUCAGCUAAGAAUUCGGAAAACCUAUGCGAGACCUGUGGAGAGGAAUUCGAGUCAAGGAACAAGCUACACAAGCAUUUAGGCGAGACAGGUCAUUCAACACUAAAGUUCCGGAGAUGACUGCGGCCGGGGAGCUAACCCAUUGGGGGUUAACACUCCAAAAGCUAGAUUCUUUUCUUUCUCAUUCCAUUCCUUCAGAACUUUCAGUUUACACAGUCUAAUAAUUAAAAUAUCAUAGAGGAAUCGAGCUUUAGUAAUUUUCGCGACCAAAGAAGGUCGAGAGCGGCAUUGAUGCCAUGUAAGAUAUCAGUGUUUGCACCUGUUGAAGGAGCAGAGCAAAUCCAUUUUGGCUUUGAAACAUUGUUAGUUACAUUGAAAUAGAAAGAGAUCUAUUGUAAUCAUUCACUCAA